AUGAAAGCGAUGGUUCAAUUAAAUUUACAGGGAGUUCCUCGCCCGCCAAAGAAAGAACCAUUAACAAGGUAUGUGUUUAAGUAUGUAAACACAUGCUGGCACGUUGAUAUUCAUUUCUUUGGCGGGGAUCAACACGAGAUUCUUUACGCCAUCAUUGAUGAUGCAUCACGUUUCGUGCUUGAUUGGCAACAUCUAAGCACGAAGCAAGCGCAUCAAACAACCAAUGUUUUGAAGAGAGCAAUUGCCCGGUUCGGAAAGCCAUGCGCUAUUUGGAGCGACAAUGGCGGCGAGAACCGGGGUAUUUUCACACAAGCACUUUUGGCCUUUGAGAUAAGGGCAAUGCGCAUCGAACCACACUGCCCUUAUCAAAACGGCAAAAUUGAAGCAUUUUUGCCAGGAAUCGAACAGAGGGCAAGGGACUGGAGUGAAAUUCAGUCAAUUGUUGAUCGGUACAACAACAAAAUGCAUUCUUCUUUGCCUAAGAUCACACUGGAUGGCAUGAAAGUGCGCUCAACACCUCUAAUGUUUUACGAAACUACAGAGAAAUGGCAUGAAGGAAUGCAACCAAUAUGGUAUGUAAAUGACAAAGAAUUGAUCUUUGAAUUCAAACAUAUGAAUUAA